AUGCUGAAGAAAAGCAAGGUGCCGCAGUCCAGGAGAGUAGAAAUCCUGUCUCUGUUUCAAAGAUACGCAGAAGGCCUCUCUACUUUACCUGCGAGCGCUCUGCUGACGUUUCUCUGUAAGGAACAAAUGGAGCUCGCAGCGAACAAAGACACGGCGGAGGAUCUGAUCGACAGAUAUGAGAUUGAGGAGACAGCUGUAGAAAGCAGGUGCAUGACGUUCGAAGGCUUCCUCAGAUAUAUGGAGUCCAAAGACUGCUGCGUGUUCAACCGGACUCACAAGACGGUGUACCAGGACAUGGACCAGCCUCUCACCAGCUAUUUCAUCUCCUCGUCUCACAACACCUACCUGACCGGAGAUCAGCUGGUCGGGAAGAGCCACCUGGAUGCGUAUGUUAGCGCGCUGAGGAAAGGCUGCCGCUGUCUGGAGAUCGACUGCUGGGAUGGUCCAGACACGGAGCCUGUAGUUUACCACGGCUACACCCUCACCACCAAGAUUUUAUUCAAGGAUGUCAUCAGAACUGUGGAACGAUACGCCUUCGAGGUCUCCGCCUACCCGGUGAUUCUGUCUCUGGAAAACCACUGCUGCGAGGAGCAGCAGCAAGUCAUGGCCAAGUACCUGACUUCCAUCCUGGGGGACAAGCUGCUGAAGAGUCCUUUAGAUCACCCGACCACCGGAGACCUCCCAAGCCCAAAUGACUUGAUGUAUAAGAUCCUGAUCAAGAACAAAAAGCUAAAGUCACAGAUUAGGAGAGAGGACAAGACAGAGGAGAGUGCAGAUGAGGGUGAGGAUGCUGAUGAUGAGGAUGAGGAGGAUGAUGACGAUGAUGAUGACAGCAUUCAAUCCAAAACAAAGUUCUGGUCUCCAAGAAAAAUGAGUUCAAAGAAGAAAUAUGGCUACUCUGUGAAGUUUAACCUUGUCUCACUUAACGGCACUGACCAGAAGAAGGUGAAGGUGACCCUUCACCAGGAUUUAUCGGACCUGGUGAUUUACACGCGGUCUGUGAAGUUCAUCAGCUUCAGCCACUCCAGGGACAAUCAGAACUGCUAUGAGAACACAUCCAUGGCAGAAAAGAAGGCGCGAAAGCUCCUCAAGGCCUCAGGUUCCAGUUUCAUUAAGCACAAUCAAAGGUUCCUAAGCAGAAUUUAUCCAGCAGGCUCGAGAACGUCCUCGUCCAAUUACAACCCGCAGGAGUUCUGGAACGUCGGCGCGCAGCUCGUGGCUCUGAAUUUCCAGUCUCCAGGCCUGUCCAUGGACCUCAACAACGGCCGUUUCCAAGACAACGGCGGCUGUGGGUACGUCCUGAAGCCAGCGGUGCUGAUGUCCAGUGAGAGGAGCUUUGAUCCCAGCAUCAGCUAUCGCUACCUGAAACCCAUACAGCUGGUGCUCAAGGUGAUAAGUGGGUCUAACCUUCCAAUCAUCAAGUCUCGAAACACUCUGGACCCAUUUGUCCGAGUGGAGAUUCAUGGGAUUGCAAUCGACUCCCGCAGUAAAAGCACUCACACUGUCAAAAACAAUUCUCUGACUCCUCACUGGGACACCGACAUGAACUUUAGCAUCACUGUCCCUGAGCUCUGCCUCGUCCGCUUCUGCGUGCGUGACCAGAUGACCCUCUUCAAGAGCGAGUUUGUGGGCCAGUACACGUUGCCCUUCACCAGUUUGAAGAAAGGCUACCGCUGGGUGCCUCUCCUGUCCCGACAAGGAUGCAGUCUGGAUCCGGCUUCCCUCUUCGUGUUGGUUUUGUAUUAGUAUCAAUCCAAGAUGGACUCUCUCUCACACAGUUUAGAUACAAAGAUGGAUGGAUUAUCUAGCACCCAAUAAGAACAACAAAAUAUCAAUAAUUAAGUUACA